UGUUCUUCAAGACUUCUCGUCAUCAUGUACAUCGGAUCACUCGCUCUUGCUCUCGGUCUCGUUGCCCAGUCUACUGCCGCGGUGAUAAACCCUGGACCCAAGACUAUCAAUGGUGUUAAGUAUGCUGAAUGCGCUUCAGUUAGCACUGGAUCAACAUUCUGUAAAGUUGGACAAGAUCAUUCUCAACAAACCGUUGGACUUACCAAACGCGACGCUCAUCAAGAAUGCUUCAAGCAGCCCAGUUGCUGGUAUUGGUGCACGAAAGGCGUUGGCGCUACGUCAAAGCGUGACCUUGGUAAUUCCUGCUUCAACGCUUCAGGUGAAGUGUUCUGCCAAGCAGAUUAUCCAGUUAAGGGUCAACCUCCUCAAACAUCUACUUUAUCUUACACCUAUGGCGACAAACAUUACUCUACUUGUUUCACAGUUAAUCAUGACAUCUGGUGUGAAGUCAUUGAAGCUCCAGAGAAUCCUGCAAAAUAUGAAAAAUAAAGGUUUUGCUAGAGGCUCUCUGCUAUCAUAUAAUCAAUAUAUAUUGAAUAAAUAAGUAAACCCGCUC